AUGCACGGAACUUAUCUUUAUCAGCUUUAUAAAAAAUACAUAUUGCAGAAUGCCAGUUCUUCAUGUCCCAUGCUACAGGUCAUUGCUGCUAAUUGUGUCAGUCAAAAUAGUGACACGAAAGGGCUAAACGGCUUGCACCAAGGUUUUGCUGGCCUUGCCUUGAUCCAAGAAGUUACAAGUGAGGGGUCGACCUGCGAACCCGUUUAUGAUUUCUUAAAGACCUGUAUCUUUGACACCAACCAUUACACCAGAGACAAUUGCGGUCAUUCAUCAGAAACGAGCUGUAUACAAGCAAAGUGUUGUUGGGAUAACACUGUUCAUGAAGUACCAUGGUGUUACUGCCACAAGAACAUAUUAGAGAUCACAUCUGCUGUCCCUACGGCUGCACCAACUACCACCGCAACAACGGAUUGGACCACAGCAGAGAGUACAACUGCAACCACAGCUGAAAGUACAGUUGCAACCACAGCUGAAAGUACAGUUGCAACCACAGGUGAAACUAAAGCUGGAAGUACGAUUGCAAUCACAGCUGCAACUGAAGCUGAAAGUACAGUUGCAACCACAGCUGAAACUAAAGCUGGUAGUACGAUUGCAACCAUAGCUACAACUGAAGCUAACACUGAAACAGUUUCAAACACAGCUGAGAUCCCAUCUGUCAGUACAAAUAAUACCGCAGCAACCAUUAAACCCCCAGUUUCCACUGAUAUGAUCACACUUACAGUUGUAGAAAUAACUGAUGCCACAACUACAUCUCAAACGACAACUACAAUUAUAGCAUCAACACCACGUACUGUUGCUAUAAGCACUUCAAGUGGAGCAGGGGGAGAACAGAAAUGCGUUGAGCCAGAAUUUAUAGUGAUCUUUAACAACUGGUGUCCCCAUAGGCAGACGUUCUUUGCUGUCACAACUGCCAUUGUUUUUAUCUUGGUCCUCGCAAUGGUGAUGGUGUGUGCAUGCUUGGUAUGUCGUGGAAAAAAUAAUAGAACGGGUGAUAUCCACAUCCACAACACUGGAACGAUGCUGCCUCAUUUGGGGUAUAACAAUGCCUUAUAUGACUAUAAUAAUGAACCGGAGAAAUCAAAAAACAUUCGUCAGACUCCCAUAGUUCCUCCAAGAAUACCAGCAAAGUCUUUACAGGGAAGAUAUAUGGGAAAUGAACAAGUUUAUGGUUCAGCUUCCAAUGGGAAGGAUUGGUUGUCAGGUUCUGAUAAUCGAAAAGAUCUCUUGUUGUAUGGAUCACGUCCCCUUGGUUUCCAAGAAAACAAGCAAUCAUUCCAGUCUCUCUAUGGGAUGUACGAUAAUGAUAUAUAUGACAGCUCGCCAAUGGCUGAACUGAACAAUGUUACAAGUAACCAACACGUAUUGAUCGGUCGACCUAAGAUACGUAAGAAACCAACGUAUCCGAGCCACAUGCUGAGUGACAAUAAUGUGCCCGACAUGGGAGGGUCGAAGAUGUAUUAGGAGCUGAUUAUAUCUUGCCGUUCCUUUAUUUCCUUUUCUGAUUUCAAGUCCCAACCCCAAGCUUACUUUUUUCUAAAUGCACCUCUGUAUUCUAAUGUGUUGAUAAAAUAAGAACAUGAAAGUAUACUUUCAAUAGAAAUAUAACAGUAGUGAUAUCUUUUUUACAAAUAAUUGUUCGAACUGCAUUCACACUGGAAUAUAACAGUGCACAGUCAAUUAAGGUGAAUUCAGGUAUGAUCUGUCUGUCCACACUGGGUGAACAGCGUACUUCCAAUUUAGGUCAAUUCAGAUGUGAUCUGUCUGUCCACACUGGGAUAACAGUGUACAGUCAAUCCAGGUGAAUUCAGGCAUGAUCUGUCUGUUCACAUUGGGAUAACAGUGUACAGUCAAU